AUGGCUCACUCUUACCCUUCCAUCGUCAUCAUCCCAGGGUCCUUCUCCCCAGCGUCCAUGUACUACGGAGUCGUCGACGAGAUCCAAACGCUGACCGAUGGCUCCUCCGACUCGGUCUUCGUCAACAACCUCCCGUCGGCAAGUCGCAAUCCCCCAGAAGAGCCCGCAACCCUCGAAGACGACGCGACCUUCUUCCGAGGCAUCUUCGAGAAACUGGCGGACCAGGGGAAAGACAUCGUGGUCGUGGCACAUUCCUACGGCGGAGUCGUGGGGACGGAAUCUCUCAGUGGUGUGGGCAAAGUCGAGCGACAAGAGCGCGGACAACCAGGGGGUGUCGUCAGGAUCGUCUAUCUCUCCGCCCAUGUCCCUGAGGCAGGUCGCUCCUUGACAGAGCUUGUGGGAGGAGCGCCGGCCGAAAUGGUCGAGACUGGAAAGGACGGGUUCCUGAGACUCGUGGGCGUCGAGACCAUCGCCAAAGCCACCUUCCCGGACCUCGACUUCGACAAGGCCGUCGCCGUCGUCAAGACCAUGUCCCGCCACUCGGCCCUCAGCUUCGCCAGCAAGGUCACCUACCCGGGCUACAAGCACGUGCCCGUCUCCUUUAUCAUGUGCGCCAACGACAUGAUCGUCCCGCCGGACCUGCAGCGGGGUUAUAUCGACAUGAUCCAGCGCGAGAGCGGGAGGGACGUCGACGUCCACACGCUCGACACAGGUCACUGCCCCAACACGACGGCCCCGGAUCAGUUGGCGAAGCUGAUUGUCGACAUUGCGGCAGCUUCGUCGUGA